AUGUUAGAGACUGCAAGCGGUUUCGCGGCUGGGCCGCACCUGUGCCAUCAACGCUCGAGCACUCGACGUCUUGCUGCACGGCACAAGAUAUCGCGCUGCGUUACCGCGCUCCCGCAGCCGCGUAGGAACCACUAUUAUCUGCAGCGGCGAGCAGUCAGGUGUGUCCACCAACAAUCCGGCGGAUACAUCAAAUCUUCCGUGCCGCAGUCUGUGCAUCCUGUGAUGGAGAGUUUCCGGAAACUGCGAACCCUUGUUCGUCGCGAAUGUGAGCGAUUAGCUGUGGAUGCGGGGAACGAGCGCGCCGGCCAGGCCUUCCAAACCCAGGUGGACGCCUUGCUAAGUGCCGUACUCGGCGGAGGUGUGCUUUCCGAACAAAUUCUCACCGUUGUCUGGCGGUACCGGACAGCAAUAGGUCGUUACCUCGAGUUCAGCAUGAACCAGAAGCAGCUUCUGCUCGAGCGGCUCGAUAGGUUUGCGGAUCAUUGCGAACAACACUCACGGGCAUCUGUCAACGAUGAGAGGCCCCGCGAGCCGUCCGCACCAGCUCCAGGGCAUCCAUCGAAGCGCCAGCUCACAGUAACGACCCAUCCUGAUCCGACUGGCACGAAACCGAACCUAGCAUAUUGCGCAAUCACAAGAGAGCAACUCCGGCGACAUCCCUGCUACGAGGCGCUGCCCCCGGUUGAGGCGCUCGUGAUCGAACGUCCAGAGGAUCUAACUCGUAUCCGACAGGACUCGGCGCUGUGGCUAGAGGCACGACGGCACAUGCGAGUGAAUGCUUCGUCCGCAUGGAAAGCGCUUGGUUUCGGUGAACCCGCAACCCUCGAAUGGUUGCGGGAGUGUGUGCCGGCAUGGCAGUUCCGACGCGGAGGUGAAGCUGCACUGGAGGCCUGGCGCCAGUGGCGCGAGCCGGGACUCGAUGCUGAGACCUUUUCUCCAGCAUCGAUGAUCUCGAUGGAGUGGGGGAAAAUGCACGAACAGAAUGGACUGUUGACGGUGCUGCGCUACCUCGAAUCCGCGCGUACUGCGGAUGCAGCAUCCUGCUAUUACUCGAUUGUUCCCGGGGACGGUGCUCCAGACCGUGGCCUUGUUCCCGGGGCGUCCACAGCGACGAAUACUUCUUUCGCGAAACUGGUGCUUGUCGAAGCGGGGCUGCAUAUGCUGCAGCCGGCCUCCUGUGCAGGCAUCUAUGACUUGGACGAAUUUUCAGCGUUACCAACGAUCGCGGCGAGCCCAGACGCGCUGCUUAGGUGGCGCAGUCCUCUUCAUUCUGAGGCCCGGACCCAGGAUACGCAACCGAACACAUUGGCUGCUUCGAGCGACUUGUCGCACGAUAUCGAACUCGUCGAAGUGAAAUGUCCCUGCCCGUUUGUCCCAACAGGAGACAUGACUGACGGCCCGCGACUAACGGAUGAAGCCACAGAUCGUCCGCUCUAUCGCUACCGCUUGGUUUCACCGCAGCGGCUGAUCUAUGCGAACCAUUUUGCCCAGGUCCAGCUCCAAAUGCUUUGCACAGAUACCUGGCGAGCCCAUUUCAUUUCAUGGACACCUGAUGCGGGCGCGCGGUUGUUCGUCGUUGAGCGGGAUGAGAUGUGGCUGGAAAUGGCGCUCAUCACGUUGCGUGAUUUCUACCGGGAAUUUCAGCAGGCACCACCGCCGGUGAACUUUUUCGCUGACCGUGCCACCUACCGUCAGUUGCUCGAACGUACAGUGGCCGGUGUCCGUCAAAGCGCGCACCAGAGCGUAACCUUAUCGGCCGAGGAGGUGGACCGUCUGCUCGCCUGGGAACGCGAAGCUGGCUACUGGGAGCCCGUCGAAUCCCUGUUCCUCUCGUAG